AUGCAGCGUUUUCGUCAGCUUAUGCUCUUGGCCGUCUUAACCGUCUCUACAGCCGAGGACGUCGAGGCCACGACCAUCGCCGAGACGGAGCAGCAUACGCACCUUCGUGGUCUUUUGGCCAAAUUUGCGAGCCACAAUCCAACGGCUACACCCGUCCGGGAACUGGUUGCUACUUGGGAGGAAGGGAAGGUGGGUGAAGCUCGACAGCUCCGUCCUUUCUCGGAGACAAUCGUGGGCGGAGAGACGGUCGUUGUGUUUAACGAUCGUCGUCUGAGCCCUGAAGCCAAGAUGGAGUCAGCUCUUGUGACAUUUGAUGUGCGUUCGAGUCCCAAUUGUGUCGUGAGUGUGUGUGGUGAGCUCAGUAAGUGGUACUUGGGCUCAAAGGAGCAGUGCUUUGACCUGCGCAUCGCCCGCAAGUCUGUGGAUCAGAUUGAAAAUGGACUGAUUCGAGGAAUCUCAGCCGCCUAUUCGGGUCUACGCCCUGUAGCUUCUAAUUUGUACCUAAAGUUUGACGAGACGAAUUUUAUUGACGGUUCCAAGUGUGAGUACGAGAUCCUCUCUGGCAGCAAGACAGUACGCGAGGACGAGGUGAUUAGUGGCUCCCCGACCGCCAUGGCAUAG